CGACGGCGGCGGCAGUCUCGGUCGGCGCGUCACGGACGACACGUUCGCUGACGGACGUCGCUCGCAGGAGGAGCGCAACUCGUGCGGCCGGAGCGAGCGAGGCUGCUCCGUUUCACUGAUUCUCGCGACCGUGAUUCUGUGGAUCGUCCCAUCUUUAGCCCGUCGUGUGACCAGCGAUUUCCCGAGGGAAUACAACGACGUUGGAGGAGGACGUCGACGACGGAAACGAUGGCCAAGACAAGAGCUCGCGGUCGUCCCACUGAUGAGGUCGCGUUCCACCCGCUCGUGAUUCCGGUGUGAUCGCGGAGGGAAUUCCGGAGCGGUCGAAAUUGCACAGUGCCGAGGACGGUCGCGAACAGCGACGGAUCGACCGAGGAAUCGCGUCGCGUGCGUCGGCGGCGGUCUUCUCUCGGCAUUCGUCACGCGAAAUCGAUAAACUGGGACGUCGCGCGCGAGGGCAAGAGAGAGAGACGUGCGCUUACGCGCGCACGUUACGAUCGCUCGUGAAAGGUGCGAAACGGGGACUCGCGAGAAGGAGAAAGAGAGAGAGAGAGAGAGAGGGACGAGGGAGGAGAGAGCGAGAGAGAGGGACUCGGAGAUAAUUGCGAGUGACAGCGACCGUGGACUCGGUGGGAAUCCGCGCGACGUUUCGCUUCGCCGUCGCGGAGAUCCGCGAGAGCGACGGUGAACCGCCGCGCUCGGUGUUCGGAGCGCGUUUCACUCGUCCGGCAUUUUUGCAAGAUUACUUUCGCGAGAUAUCUUACGCACCUCAUCGUACGUACGCGAUGCGCGAUCAUCGUCUCAAUGGAACGUCGUGGCCGCGCAGCAGCGUAUUGUAGUAACCUUGAGAUACCGACGCCAAGGUAGUCGGUUCCCUCGCGAGUAAUCGUUCGCCACCGAGAGGGACGCCGACAUCGACGGAACGCGAGCGUCCGCGAUUAUCCGCGAAAUGAAGAAAAGCCCGAGCGCGCGACGAUCGAUACGCGCACGUCCUUCGCCGGGCUGACUUCCUCGCGCACGCAACGUACGCGGGAGCGUAACGCGCGUCGUCCACCAGGAAGCACGUGCACCCACGACGACGGUGUCAUCGUCAGACGUCGGCGUCGGUGGAUCGGCGCUCGUUGCUGCGGUUGCAGUCGGGGAAAAGCUGAAAGCAUGUGAUCGCCGUGGACGUUCAUCGAUCACCUCCGCCCCCACCGAAGAAGAGAGAGGGAUGCUGCGACCAUUCGACGGCAGGAUCACUUAACGCGGCGGCCAACGAUUCCGCGUGUUCCUUAGCGCGUACCACCGUGUGUGAUACGCAAAUGUACGGAUGCGGACGCGUUCGCGUGCGCGAACGUCAAUGGCCGCGCGAGCGAUGCGCGACCACCACGGGGUUGCCGGACAAUGAACGAUAACGGCGGCAUAUAGACAGGUGGAUAUCGCUAGCCGCACGAGAAAGUGUAUGCGUGCCGCUGCCGUGGGAACGGGCGUGCGAGAGGGGCACGUAGGAAGCCGUAGCACAGGUGGCGAGGACGGAUAGCGAGGUGAAAGAGAGACGGCCUGGCGGAGGGGGAGACAGUGGGGAAAAAGAGAAUAGUAUUCGCCGUGCUGUCCUGCGGUGAGCCCUGUAAGGACCGCGGAGAGGUACACAAUAGAGAGAGAGAUAUGACAUGUCGGUGUACAGUAAAUAACACGGAGAGUGAAUAGAAAUAAGAAAGAAAGAGAGGGAGGAUAUAUACGUAUAUAUAUAUAUAUAUAUUGAAAGGGAAAGAGAAAGAAAGAAAGCGAGAGAUUGAGGUAGAAGAAGAAAGCCGAGAGAAACCCCGACAAUGAAGGAACACGGAAACAAACAUCCGGCGGAACCGGCGGCGACGAAGACGCUCAAGUCGCUGCUGAAGAAGCCGGGCCAGACGAAGGCAAAGUCCCAGAAGCAUCGCGUGGUGAUCAACGAAAAGCUGAACGAGUUCUUCGCAGCGGACUACAUUAUACUGAUCAAGGAGGAGUGCUGCGCCGAUUACGAGGAGGAUUGCGAUUGCUGCUACCAGGAGCACGAGUUCAUGCGGCUCGGCAAUUGCAAGGAGUGCCGGGCGGAGUUGAACCUGCAUUUUGGCAUCGGCACCGGCAACGGCAGGUAUGGCGAGAUGGCGAGGGGGGUAGAGCAGGCGCUGUGCGAGAACGCGGUGCGAGAUCAUCGUGGCAGCGGUGGCGAUGGCGGUGGCGGUGGUGGCGGCCGCGGGAAAAAUCCGCAGCAGGGUCGCGAAGACCAAACGGAAGAGGACGAGGAGGGGGAUGAGUGGAUAAUGGAAGUGGAUGACGGCGAGGAGGAAGAGGACGAGGAGGAAGAGCGAGAGGACGAGGAGGAGGAUGAGGAGGAGAACAUUGACGGGAAGAUGGAGAGGGUGGCGGAGGUGGCGGCGACGGCGACGCCGGUAGAAGGAAAGGACGCGAACGAACGAGGGAACGUGGACUUGGAGGACGCGGCGAAGAGGCGCCGACCGAAAGAGGCCACGGAUUCCCAGGAGAAGAACGGGACCGUGGUUCCGCCGCCACCACCGCCACCGCGGCACGAGCAGCAGCAACAGCAGCAGCAACAGCAGCAGCCUAAGCAACAGCAGCAGCAAGAAACACUCAGUCCGCCGGAGGGCUACAAGGACGUGUGUUCGAACGACCAGGACGAGACGGAGCAGCGCCGCACGUCGCCCGCAACGUGCACGGAGUGCAACUACUAUCAGCAACAGGCAACGGAAUGUGAGCCACAAGCGAAGGAUCAUGGGACUGAGCAGGACUUACAGACCAGUAAGGAUACGGUGCAUGAUGGUUGUCAAAGAAAUUUACAAGAAAGACUGGAUAAGCAACGGACAUCUGUUCCUGAUUUGCACCAUCGUUAUCUCGUGGAAACAAUAACGAUGACAACUGUGACGGAGCGACGUAUCGUGCGGGAAAUUAGCGAGGAAGAGCGAAAGGAUUGCUUCGGGCGAUCGGAAACGGAUAAAGAGAAGAACGUUUGCGACGCAUCAAAGGAUAACGGUUUUAAUCCGGCGCUUUGUGCCGCGACGGACGCACCGACGGCCGUCCACGAGAACGCAGCGCAAUUCACCGCGCGGUGCAGCGACUCGGACAUUGUCGUCGAAAAUCAUGACACUGAUGCGAACGCCAAAAAUCUGGCUAACGACAAAAGGGAGACAACGGACGAGACGGAACGCAUCAGCGAUCAAACGGCGCCGGGCGAACAGUCGCGCGAGCAGGACGCGAAAGAGCUGUCCCUCGUUUUUAAACUGGGCAACGUGUCCCUCGCCAGCAACAGCCUGAAACCGAAUUCCGCAGUGAGACAACUCUUUCCUAACCCGAAGUUCAUCUCGCCGCCGCCGGCACCGGCCGGCAAAACGACCUGCCCGGAACAUUCCCAAGAGGAGGCGCAAAAAUUCCUGAUCACCGCCGAGAGCCUCCGAUUGUUCGACGCGGUGAAGAAGUCGGCGAACCACGGUGGCUCGUACGAGUCGCCAGAGUGCGAAUCUGGCUCGAUCAAGAGAUCAAUCGAGCGGAACACUCUGCGACGUAGCCUGAUCGGUAAGUACAACACGAUAACACGCAAGAAGAAUCUGCGGCCGAAGAAUUUAUCCCUGGAGGAGCGCAUCAGGCAGCUCACGUGCGUCGAUCAGGACGACGAGAAUGUGGACACGACGGACAGCUCCGAUAACACGAACGCAACAUGCGACGGUACGGUCAAGUACGGCGGUGAUCUCUCGAUGCGAACGUCGCCGCUUGGCGAGGAACGGCCUACGUGCGAGUCACUGCCGGCAAACGCGGCAUCGACGGAAACCACUGCCACUUUAACGAUGGUGUCGACGAGAUCGAAUACUUUAACGGCGACCACCGCGAUGACAACGACCACGGGCACGAUGGCAUCUGCGAACAUGCAGUACGGACACAACACGACGGGGAUGCCGAUGCUGGUGACGGACAAUCCGUCGAAUCAGUCUACUUAUAGGAAGAUCACGGACCUGUUUGCGCACAAAAAGAACGUACCGGCAAAUCUGCCGGACCUCGGAAUCGGCUCGGGCGGCAGAAAUCUCCUCGCCAAGGAAUGCCAGUCCAAGAAUCCGCUGACGAAGAUGAACUCGGACGUGCGCAGGCAGUUGCUGGCGAGUCUGGCGCCGCUCUCCUGCGUCACCGUCAACAACGCUGACAAUCAAGACGAUUACUAUCGAAACGAGUCCAGGAUAUUAGCAUCUUCGAAUCGUGAGUCGAUAAACUACAACUCGGACUCGUCGUACAGCUUGGAGGAUAUAGAGGCGGCGUUGAAUGGUGAGAAUGACAGGAAAUAUGCUGGUCAGCCGGAUGUGACAAGGUGCACGCCUAUAGGCAGUAGGCCUGAUAUCGGUGAUAAUAACGCCGACGAAUUGCUCGCGUUCGUGGAGCAGGACAAGUCGAGGACGGAGCGGAUAAAACGCCGCUACAACGAGACGGAGGAUCGUUACACGUUCAUCAACGGUUACCAUUCCGAGGACAAAGCCGUGAACACUUCUAAUGAGAAUUACGAAGGUAAUAAAGGCGCGAAGAACGACGCAGCAGCGGAUAAUGAAGAGGAGGACGACGACGACGAGCUCAACGAUUACGGUUUCAAUCGACGACCGUCGGUGACGGGCAUCAAGCAACAGUACGAAGCUACAAACGAGACCGUCCAUCGAGCACGAACCGGUACAGUCAACAGUUUCAACGAGAGAUCCAGCUCGCAAUCGAUAUGGCCGAUCUAUUACGACGCGAAUGGCGAGAAGAUUGAUGGGAAGACCUUGUUAGCCGGCGACGGGGAGGAGACAAUCUCUAUGGCUACAGACGCGUACGCGGCAGGAAGCUUCGAGCGAGAUACGAACACGAUCAAUCGGAUAAAUACAAUGCAGAGGCAAAUCGACGACAUAUAUCAAACCAUCGCUGAGAGCUCGGCGGCCACGGCGAACAUCCAGGGUAUCGCAGAGCAUGCGACCUAUUUGGAGAGUGCAGUCCCGCGACAAUUCGUCCGCACGCCGUCAGGGGAUGGUGCCCCGCAUCUUUAUACCGAGCACAGGAACGGUCAUCACUACUUCCAGGAGCAGCAACAGCUGUCCAGCACGCGUAUGCUACGCAUUGCUGGCGGCGGCGGCGGUGACGAAAUCGCGGGCGCAAUAUACACCAACAGUCUAUCAAAAAUGCAGCGCCGCAACCCGCCGGUGACGAUCGCGAAUUAUCACUGCAACGUGCUGCCGAGUGGCGCUGUGCCCGUUAACACCAAGUGCUAUCGCACCAUGUAUUUCGUACCGUACAGCGGCAUGUCGGAUCCCACGUAUCAGAACAUACAACGUAUUCUGCCGCCGCACUCCUCGCCGAACUACGCCAGCCACAUCGAGCGGUACCCGUAUCCGCGUAAUCUGAGCAAAACCACCCAGCAACAAGCGCUCUAUUACAACGCGAAUCGUUCCGUCACGUCGCAUUCCAACGCUUUAAAUACGUCUCCGCCCAUACCACCACCGCCGCCGCCGCCACCGCCGCUUACGUCCGCGUCCAGCCCGAGCUCCCUGCCGUUGCAGGGUACUCAGCAAGCUCUGCAUCUGCACGUGCAUCCUCAUCAGACUGAAGACUUUCGGCCGCCUGGUGUCGCGUUCUCCCCGGUUCCGCACACGGCAAUGCAUCCCAUGCAAUUCCACCAUCAUCAGCAUCAACAUCAGCAUCAUCACGGCGAAGUGGCAUCCUAUCGUGUGCCCGUGGCGACACAGCAAUCACCAUCCUCGUACACGGUGAUCGCGCCGUCACGUUGCAUCCCGGCGGGCAAUCAGGAUGGUUACCCGUUGUACCCGGCGCACCUAGCGCGCGGUGCCGCGACUGCAGCCGCAGCUGCCGCCGCCGCCGCUGCCGCCCCGGAUGUGCAGACGCAGUCGAUCUCGAUCGCGGCCGCCUCGUCGUUUUCAUCAUCGUCCUCGUCAUCGUCGUCUUCUUCGUCAUCCUCAUCGUCGUCUUCGGCAUCCGCGCUCUCGUCAUCUUCGUCCUCGUCCACCGCCACCGCCACUUCUCUCAAGUGCACCGGGAUGCAACCCAGCAACAAGGCUGAGUCGGUCGGCACCUCUUUCGGUGUCAACGGAGGUACGCAGUCUGCGCCGGGCAACGUCACGUCGCUUGCGUGUCCGGUAUCGUCAGCGAGCGUGUCCUCAGCAACGGUGAUGCAGCUGCCACGCGUUGCUACCACAUGUGCAGUGACGGAACGUGGAGUACCUGAAGGUGCCGCCAGCGUACCUCCCCGGGACUUCCCACAGUCCGGCACCGCCAGCUCGACACCGCACGUCCUGCUGAUGUCCAACUCCUAUGUGGACCCCAAUGCCAGUCUCAUGCCCACCCCAACGAACGCUCCGAACACGGUGUACUACGCCAUGAACGUCUGAAGCCGAACAGCGUAGAGUUGUAGGAAAUCGAAGAAGCGCCUGAGGAAUUUUGUGAGAAUUUACGAUGUCUCUUUACGAUCCUCCUCAGGUAUUUGCAUUGCUCGGAUCCGAUUCUUUCGCUGCUACGUCUCGGGUGAUUUCGAUGUGGUUUAUACGUAGCGAAUGUGUGUUGUUACAGCGAUCCUAUCAUCUUUCCCAGCAGUUCGCAACGAUUUUUUGUGGACAUAACGGAAUUAUAUCAUCAUUGAGGUAGCAAUAUUUACUAAGAGAUGAUAGUUAGAAGUUUAAAUCGCAAUUUACUUUUAACGUUUUUUCGAUUGAGCUCUCGUUUUCUUCGUUUCUUGUUUUAAUUCUAUUUUCAUGUAUUUGUAAUUUUGCAAUUUUGCAAUUUUCGACGGCUGAUUUUGGCGAAACAGCGCGAGUAGCGGAGGAUGCCUCGUUGACAAGGAGCCUAUUAUCUUUGAUUGAUAGAUGUACAAGUACAAGGAUUGUAUUUUUUUAAAGAGAGAUGCGACUGAAACGAGAAACGUCUCUGUAUGACGUCUGUACGUCUGAGUGGCUAGGGCAACGAAAUCGUAAACGCCCUCGCAAAUGCGGGAACAUUGUUGCAAACUUUUCACGCAUAUAUUGCAGUAAGAAUAGAGUAAAAGUGUAUAUGUGUACGUGUUGCGCUAUAUUGCACUUACAUUAACGGUCUCCAAUAUCAGUUUACUUGGCACGCGUAUUAGUAUGCACGAUUAUUCUCGUUUACGUGAUACCCGUAGGUUUCAUCGCGUUAUGACGUUAGCUCGAGCUCUCAUUUUACACGUGGUUGUUAUCAUCAUAAUAAUAUUGUAAUAUCGUACAAACAGUUUCUACAGCACUGUAGAUAUCACACGUCAUGUAGAUCUGUGGUUCUAGUUUUAUUCUUAUCUACAGCAUUGUAGAUAUCGUGACAAAGAUCGAUAGUACUUUGUUAGAUAUUAUCGCUAUUUAUGAUCUGACAAAGAGUUGUUGAUUGUUUUGAGUUACAACGGUGAUUUAUAAAUUGCGGUCGUUCCGGCCAAGGCGUUAAUGUUAAAUUGGAAAAAUGCGAGACGGCGAUGGAAAAUGGAAGGCCGUCGUGGAAAGAUACGUUGUAAAAGUGUCUCUGAAGGAAACGCAGCAGUUAUGUAUUCUGUAGUAUUUCCAAAAAAGGGGAAAUGCCUCUCCCUCCCUUUAUUCUAUGUUUCGUAGUAGAAUCGCCUCGAAAUCUUCGUCUGCUAGAGCGAAGGGCGCUAUUCGUGAAUUUCAUUCUACUACGCUUUAUGCCAAAUUAAGACGUAUCAAUGCUUCUAGUCAGUAUAAAAUUAGUCUACGAUAAGCGAUACACACGAAUGCCAAAAAUAUGAUUCACCUUAGUUAAUCUUUUAAAGUGACGUGCCUCUUGGCGUGCCCCGCGGGGGCCAUUCUCGACUUCUCUAAUCUUCGGGGAACCUCCUCGCGGAGCUCGUCAAAUCACGUCGCUAAUCGAAACCAAAAUUACGUAGCGUAUCCACAGUUAUUAUAGAAGCGACGACGUUUAACGAUACGAAAUUUCUUAAUGACGACAAGUAUUAUGUACGCACAGGGAGUAAGUACAAAGUACUCGGCGACGCUAGAAGACAGAACAUUCGUUACACGCUCAUCCUUCAGUCAUAUACACGUACAUCUUAUCAGCCUCAUCGGGAAACUCGUUGAAAGUACAACCGUCAUUCUUCGCGUACACUGUCGUACCCGUAGCUCAUCUUAUUCUAUCGAUGGUACGUAGCUCGAAUAUAGACAAUAUAGGGACACACCUAUUUUUUAGCAUGUAUCCAUUCUCGCCGGUAACCGCCUCACUUCCGAAGCGUUCCCUAUACAUAAAGUAACUCCUCUGGGAAUCGAGGAAUAAUCGCACGGCCUAUAAACGUUCACUCGUGGAACAAGAUAGAUACUUUAUUUAUUUUCUUCGUGCCAAACGCGUCGCAGUGACUCGCGACAGGAAAGGAGAUGCAACUUUACCCGUUGGCGUAUAGAAGCUAAGAGUUACGGGGCAAAAUUUUGUGAAACGCGUCUACCAGUCAAUUACGGCGGGAGGACUCGUGACUUUGACGGGGAUGGUAGAAUUAAACCAGAACGAACAUUUUUUUAUCACACCGAAGAGAUGAGAUAAAAUGCGAUUCGAUGACAGUCUCUCAAUUCACUAAACGUUAAUCGAUCGUAACGACGUGAAAAGCGUUCGUGGAUAUCACUCCUCGAUUUGUUAUUCUCGCGCGAGAAUGUUAACGUGUAUUGUUCAAAUGAUGACUCUAACGGUAGGCUACUUAUCACGA